CAGCUCCUGCACACUGCUUUGUAUGGCUCUGCAUAGCAGAGCCAUACAAAGCAGUGUGCUUACAGUUGAAAGCACACAGACACAGCACACAGUUAACCCUUUGAUCGCCCCACAUGUUAACCCCUUUCUGCCCAGUGCCAUUAGUACAGUGUCAGUGCCUUUUUUAUUAGCACUGAUCACUGUAUUGGUGUCACUAGGGGUGUCAAAGACACCAUCAGUUCCCCCCAGUGUCAGAAUGCCCGCCGCAGUCCCGCUAUAAGUCGCUGAUUGCUGCUAUUACUAGUAUAACAAAAGAAAAAAAUAAAUUCCAGUAUCUAUACCGCCAUUUGUAGACCCUAUAACUUUCACGUAAAACAAUUAAUUUA